GCUCUUUGACUUGUUUGUUAUAACACAACCGGAAACUUACCAUACAUCAAUCACAUCAACAUAUAUAAAACACCAUCUUUCUUCUGUAAUUAUCUACAUCAUUUCCAUUCUCUCUAAAUCACUCACUCACCAAAUGGCAGAGAACGACAACAACAAUGCAAUCGUUGUUGCAGAAGAAGCUGCCCCAGUAGUGCCGGUAGAAGAGACCAAGCCCACCAAAGACAAAGAAGCCGGCGAUGUUCCGCCCAAGAAGACCAACCCAUUUCUUCAAAUUAACAAUUUGGACAAGCUGUUGGCUACAAUGACGCUGUUACUUUCGAUCCCGGUUUUGGGGUUUAUUGUGUGGAUAUUUUACGUCAGAGACUCGGAUUGCGAGACCAUUCUGAAGCUGCCCAGUUUCCAGCUGGGGAUUGGCAUUGGGCUCAUAGUCUUGUUUUUGAUAAGUAAUGGCGUGGUUUUGUUGAGGCCUCGGUUCCCUGUUUUGGGGCUUUUGGUUGUAAUGCUGCCGUUGAUGCUGAUAUUCAUAAUUGGGCUGGCGCUUGUGGGUGCGUAUACGAUGGAGACUCGGUCCGUGGCCGCGUCCCCUAAGUGGCUGAGAUUGAAGGUGUUUGACAACGCGCAUUGGGAGGAUAUCAAGUCUUGUAUUUAUGAUACAGGGGCUUGUGAUGAUUUGGUGUCACGAACCUUGAUGCUUAAGUCUUAUGAUUUUAGUCUCCACAAGUUGUCCUCCAUUGAGUCUGGGUGCUGCACGCCGGCAACGAUCUGCAAAAUGGAGUACGUAAACGCAACGUUCUGGAGAAGAAGGGAAAGAGAAGCAAGGCCGUCAAACCCAUACGACAGCGACUGUGAUUUAUGGGACAAUGACAGAGGGAACUUGUGCUACAACUGCGUGUCCUGCAAAAGAGGCUUCCUGGGAACUCUUCAGGCCAAGUGGUGGAAGCUGGGCGUUUUUCUCAUCGUUUCUUCGCUCUUACUCUUCAUCUCUCAUCUCAUUUUGUUCCUCUCCUCUGUCUUCCAACAGUUUCGGACUUAGCCUCACAACAGCGACGGCUACCACUACCACCACCACCACCACCUCCAUUACUUCCCAGUUUUUGAGUUUCGUUUAGUAUCAUCACCUUCUUCUCACAAUUUUGCGUAGAACUUGAUUUUAUUUGUUAAAUCAAUCCCUGUCUUCCACAUGUAAAUUCCCCUUUUCAAUAAUCUUAUUACCCCUAAAUUCCAUUCUAAUUUCUAUAACUCUCUAUCCAAUGGUAACGCUUCAAUCUCCAUUCCUAAUGGAUUAAAAAAAGAAAGAAC